CCGCCGCCGUCACGCCACCCGCUCGGCCGGCGCUGCGUCAGCCAGCCAAGAUGGAGACCGCCGAGGAAGAUAUAUGCAGAGUCUGUCGGUCUGAAGGAACUCCUGAGAAACCCCUGUAUCAUCCAUGUGUGUGUACUGGCAGUAUUAAAUUUAUUCAUCAGGAAUGCUUAGUUCAGUGGCUUAAACACAGCAGAAAAGAAUACUGUGAAUUAUGUAAGCACAGAUUUGCUUUCACACCAAUUUAUUCCCCAGAUAUGCCUUCACGGCUUCCAAUCCAAGACAUCUUUGCUGGACUGGUUACGAGUAUCGGCACAGCCAUACGGUACUGGUUUCAUUAUACACUUGUGGCCUUCGCGUGGUUGGGAGUAGUACCUCUUACUGCAUGUCGUAUCUACAAGUGCUUGUUUACUGGCUCUGUGAGCUCACUACUGACACUGCCAUUAGAUAUUCUAUCAACGGAGAACUUGUUGGCAGACUGUUUGCAGGGUUGUUUUGUGGUGACAUGCACUCUGUGUGCAUUUAUCAGCCUUGUUUGGUUACGUGAGCAGAUCGUCCACGGAGGAGCACCGCAGUGGUUGGAACAAAAUCAGCAGCAACCACUCAAUGGUGUUGGUCAACAAAAUGAGGCUCAGGCUGUUGCAAAUGGAGCUGUUGAAAAUGCUGUGCUUGAUCAGCCUGCUAACCCAGCUGCUGACGAUGCAGUUGUAGGUGAGAACCCUGAAAUACAAGAAGAGCAGGUAGAUGAAGAGGAGGAAGAUAACGAAGAUGAAGAAGAUGCUGUAGUAGAAGAUGCAGCAGAUGCAAACAAUGGAGCACAAGAUGACAUGAACUGGAAUGCUUUGGAAUGGGAUCGAGCAGCAGAAGAGCUUACUUGGGAGCGAAUGCUUGGGCUUGAUGGAUCUCUGGUUUUUUUAGAACAUGUCUUUUGGGUGGUAUCUUUAAAUACAUUGUUCAUACUUGUGUUUGCAUUUUGUCCAUACCACAUUGGUCACUUCUCCAUUGUUGGCCUGGGCUUUGAGGAAUAUGUUCAAGCAUCUCACUUUGAAGGUCUGAUUACAACUAUAGUUGGAUAUGUUCUGCUGGCAGUGACUCUAAUUGUUUGUCAUGGUUUGGCAGCGCUUGUUAAGUUCCAGCGAUCACGUCGUUUGUUAGGCGUUUGCUAUAUCGUCGUCAAGGUUUCCUUAUUAGUUGUUGUAGAAAUUGGUGUGUUUCCUCUCAUCUGUGGCUGGUGGUUGGAUAUAUGCUCUUUGGAAAUGUUUGAUGCCACUUUAAAAGAUAGAGAAUUAAGCUUUCAGUCUGCCCCAGGUACCACAAUGUUCCUGCACUGGUUAGUUGGGAUGGUUUACGUCUUUUAUUUUGCAUCCUUCAUUCUUUUACUGAGAGAGGUAUUGAGACCUGGUGUCCUAUGGUUUCUCAGGAAUUUGAAUGAUCCAGACUUUAAUCCUGUGCAGGAAAUGAUUCAUUUGCCCAUUUAUAGACAUCUCAGGAGGUUUAUAUUGUCAGUGAUUGUCUUUGGAUCAAUUGUACUGCUCAUGCUCUGGCUUCCUAUACGCAUCAUUAAGUAUCUACUGCCUAACUUUCUUCCAUAUAAUGUUAUGCUCUACAGUGAUGCUGCAGUAAGUGAGCUUUCCCUGGAGCUCCUCUUGCUGCAGGUGGUGCUUCCAGCUUUGCUAGAACAAGGGCAUACAAGACAGUGGUUGAAAGGUCUCGUACGAGCAUGGACUGUUACUGCUGGAUACUUGCUAGACCUCCAUUCAUACUUACUUGGUGACCAGGAAGAGAAUGAGAACAAUGCAAACCAGCAGCCUAACAAUCAUCAUGCUCGCAAUAACAACGCCAUUCCAGUUGUGGGAGAAGGUCUUCAUGCAGCCCAUCAAGCCAUACUUCAACAAGGAGGACCUGUGGGUUUCCAGCCUUAUAGGAGGCCUUUAAAAUUCCCACUCAGGAUAUUUCUUUUGAUUGUUUUCAUGUGCAUAACAUUACUGAUCGCCAGUCUUAUCUGCCUUACCUUACCAGUGUUUGCUGGCCGAUGGCUAAUGUCAUUUUGGACGGGGACUGCCAAAAUUCAUGAACUGUAUACAGCUGCUUGUGGUCUUUAUGUCUGUUGGCUGACUAUCCGAGCGGUGACUGUGCUGGUAGCCUGGAUGCCACAGGGUCGUAGAGUGAUUUUUCAGAAGGUCAAAGAAUGGUCUCUCAUGAUAAUGAAGACAUUGAUAGUGGCAAUACUGCUAGCUGGUGUGGUUCCACUUUUGCUUGGUCUUCUGUUUGAGCUGGUCAUUGUUGCGCCUUUGAGAGUCCCUUUGGAUCAAACACCUCUGUUCUGUCCUUGGCAGGACUGGGCUCUUGGAGUUCUGCAUGCCAAAAUAAUUGCUGCCAUAACUCUGAUGGGUCCUCAGUGGUGGCUGAAAACAGUCAUUGAACAGGUAUAUGCAAAUGGGAUUCGUAACAUUGAUUUACACUUCAUCAUCUGUAAACUGGCAGCACCAGUGAUCUCUGUUUUGUUGCUUUCCCUGUGUGUACCGUACAUCAUAGCUUCUGGUGUUGUACCUUUACUAGGAGUUACUGCUGAAAUGCAAAACCUAGUUCAGCGUCGGAUUUAUCCUUUCCUGCUCAUGGUGGUGGUUUUGAUGGGAAUCCUCUCCUUCCAAGUCCGCCAGUUCAAGCGCCUUUAUGAACAUAUUAAGAAUGACAAGUACCUUGUUGGGCAACGACUUGUGAAUUAUGAACGAAAAUCUGGCAAACAAGGCACAUCAACAACUCCACCUCAGUCUUCACAGGAAUAAAUGGUCAUGUUAAAGCAUCUUGACCUUCCCUUUGCCUUUACGUGUUCCUUGUUCAUAGACUUUUCUUCAGUUUUUGGAUAUCUCCCUCAAUAAUACUCUCAGCAGUGUUUUGGCUUCUGCUCGUAGCAUCCAGAUUGCAGUUAAGGCACUGUUCCUUAUCUGCGUUUUCUGGUGUUACCAAUACUGUCUGAGGUCUGUAUAUGUGUAAAUAGAAGUAUCCUGACACCCUAAAACCUUGGAUUAAAAAAGAAUGUGCAUAGUACAUCUUUUAAAGAAGAAAAAAAGUAUAUUAAUUUAUUAAAUCUAGUUGUCACUUUAUUUUGGACUGUUGUUCUGUUGACAAACAAUGUGCCACAAAGCAAUAGUGCAAAGAGGCAAGAUGUUUUUAUAAAAUCUGGAGCUUACUUUACGGUGUUCAUAACAGUUCUUAUUGUAGUAAUAUGGUAUGAUUUUUCAUGAGUGGAAGAAGAGCCACAUGGAGAAUAUGAGAAGUAAACAGCUCUCUUACAGUCAGCAGUGAAGUGGCUGUGGUGAAAACAUAAUGAACUGUGUAUCUUGCUGUCAAGUCUUUUUUUAUUAUUUUGUAUAACACCAAAGCUGUUGUACAUUUUUCUAUUGCCUGAUUGUUUUUUCAUGUGUCUGAGUUUGUAAUAUUGUACAGUUACUGUUAAAUCAAGAAAAUAUGUCAUUUUCUGAGAAUUCGGAUGUA